AUGACCGAGAGCAGCAUCCUCCCGUACAUGCUCUGCAUGAGCUUUCCGCUGGUGCUGUCGCUCGUCAAGUUUGCGCCAAACUGGUGUCUGCCGUGGCGUCUCGACGCGCCGGCUCCGAUCACGCGGCCGACAGAGCCGAAUGAUUUGACGGACGAGGACGAGUACAACUACUACUUGAGUCAACACACGCGCGUGCAAAUGCGUCAGAUCGCAAUCGUUAUCGAGAUGAGCAAGCACUGGUCGUCGAUCAUGCUCGUCGCCUUUGUCCCAAUGGUGCUCGACUGGCAUCUCGUCGUCGUCCUGCUCACCGUUCUCUGCGUUGGCGUGCACAGUCGCCAGUACAUCACCCUCGACGCCGCCCGUCGAACGCUUGCGCUCGAGCGACAGCUCUGGGCCGCUGCCGACGACCGUGUCCGCGACUUUCUCGAGAAUAUGUAGUCGCUAGCUCAACCAACGGCGUGGCCCAUGUCUCAACGCGCGGAAGGAUUGAGUCAAGAAGG